AUGGCUGGAGGUCGGAGCACCGCGUCUGCACAGUCGAGGGGUUCAUCAUCUGUCGGUCGUCGACCCUCAAGAGGUGCUGGAAGAUUUUUUGGCGUUCCUAAGAAAUGUUGGUGUGGUGAGCUAAUGGUGACCUUGACGUCCAAUUCUGACCAGAAUCCAUAUCGGAGAUACUUGCGGUGUUCAUUUGCGGCAGAGAACAAGUGGGUGGAUGAGGCUUUAUUGAACGAGGUUGAGACACUUUCACUCAAAAAUGCAAGACUUGAAGAAGUGACUAACAAUAUUUCAUCAAAGAUUGUCACCGAGAGUUCUGAAACACAUAUAAUGGCUAGGGUUGAAGAUGCAUUGAAUGCACAAAAUGCCAACAUGAAGCACACUAUGUUUGUGGUUGUGAUCGGGAGCUUGAGCCUUGUCUGUAUGAUGAGAAUUCUAUGUCUAACGAGAAACUGA